CUUACUGACAGUUCAAUAGCUGAUGAAGAACACUGAGAAGUGUUACUGAAGUUGCGAUUGAAGAGAUAGGAGAAUACCAGGAUAAGAGUCAAGGAAGCCAAAUAUAAAAAUGGGAACUUUAUCAUGGCCAACAGCCACUUUUAUUACCAUUGUUGUCACAAUGUGUUUGGAAGCGAGAACCACUCCGCCAGCAAAGAAUACUAAGAGAGCUUAUAAUAUGGAGAUUGCAAAUGGUUUAGAGAUGUCCCAUGCUUCGCCAACAGAAGAGACUCUGUUCCCUGAAAUGCCAGAGAUCACUGAUACCACUACUGAACUGGCCACAUUAAAUCCAGAUUCCAGAACAGCCACCACUCUUUAUCCCUUUGACAAUUUCACACUGGAAACGCCAGAUUUCUUUUUUAACUGCUGUGAGUGUUGCGCACCAAUGCCUGGACCAAAAGGCGAUUCCGGUGCAAUGGGCUUCCCAGGUCCCAAAGGAGAGACUGGAGACACGGGAUUGCCAGGGCUACAUGGAUCUACUGGGCCCCCAGGUGCAAAGGGCUACAAAGGAGACAAGGGUGAAAAAGGGGAGCAUGGGGAACAAGGACUGAGUGGAAUCGCAGGUUUCCCAGGGAGGCCAGGAGAAACAGGUGAGAUCGGAGCUAAAGGUGAAAAGGGGAAUAUUGGACUUUCUGGCUCAAAAGGCCAGAAAGGAAACAAAGGAGAUACUUGUGAGAAUGGAACAAAUGGAGACAGAGGUGAAAAGGGGGAACAGGGUUUCAUAGGUGCAGAUGGGGAAAAAGGAGACAAGGGGGAAAAAGGAGAUUUAGGAGAUAAAGGCAACAUUGGAGAGACUGGAGAAAAGGGAGAAAGAGGAGACAUUGGGGAUAGAGGAUUUAAAGGUGAUAAGGGCAUUAAAGGUGAUACAGGACUAAGUGGUCUAAAUGGAUUAGUAGGCGAACAUGGAGAAAAGGGAAUACCAGGCCCAAAAGGUGAGAAAGGUGAGACCGGGCCUUUAGGUUUGACAGGUCCAGCAGGGCCAAAGGGAAAUUUUGGCAACAAAGGAAUUCGAGGAAGUACUGGAAAAAAGGGUUCUAAAGGCCUAAAGGGAUCCAAAGGGGAGCUCUUCAAACCUUUCAAAUCCGCAUUCACUGUUGGUUUAUCUAAACCAUUUCCCCCACCUAACACACCAAUAAAAUUUGAUAGAAUCCUGUACAAUGAACAGGAAGAAUAUAACCCUGCCACUGGGAAAUUUAACUGUACCAUUGCAGGAACAUACGUGUUCUCCUUUCAUGUAACAGUCCGUGGCCGCCCUGCUCGAAUUAGUAUUGUUGUCCAAAAUAGGAAAAUAUUUAAAAGCCGUGAAACUUUAUAUGGUCAAGAAAUAGAUCAAGCUUCUUCGAUGCUAGUAGUAAGAUUAAAUGCUGGGGAUCAGGUUUGGAUGGAGGUUGCAAGAGACUGGAACGGCCUGUAUGUGAGCAAUGAAGAUGACAGCAUAUUUACAGGGUUUCUUUUAUAUCCGGAUGAUGCAGCUGAAACACAGAUGCUGGACUAAAGAAAAAUGAAUGCUAUUCGAUUAAGUAGCUGAAAUCAUGGUAUAACCAAAAGUGACAUUAAAGUUACAAAAUAUAAUAUAAAGUAGGGACAUUGUUUUUUAAUAAUAUUUAAUAUGAAAACUGAUUCAUAACUGUCAGUUUGCAAUGAUACAAUCUGAAGGCAGUUACUGAAUGAGUCAGUGGCAUUUAGAUUUAUAACUACUGGGCAUAUAUAGCGGAUGGACUUGCUAUUAGCCUCAUGUGUGAAACUAAAUAAACACCUUGCUAUUUUAUAUAUUUAGAAUAGAACUAGCUCAAAGAUCCUGAAAUAUUGUUCCAUUUUAUGCAUAAUGUCAAGUCUGUGAAGAAAAAAAUAGAAACCAAUUUAUAGAAUAAUAGACUUGCAACAAUGAUAGAACUGACAUAUCAUUUUACUAGUGAUAAAUGUAGACAAUAUUUUGAAAGAUGUUUAAAAGCUAUAGAUUAGGGGUGGAAAAGCUGCAGUUCAGUUGGUGGAGACUGGCGCCUAAACACUUGGACUGCAUGGACUGUUUACAUGGACUGGGGCAGAUUGUCAGCCUGUGUUUAUUUGCCUUAAAGGAAAUGUAAAUUCCCAAAACAAACUAAAAUGUAAAAUUGCC